CCGACAUAAGCAGAAGCUGAUUGGUCUAAAGGACUGCCUGUCACUUGUCUCCUCCCUGUCUGAGAGAGAGAAGCGGAGAGGCGGCGGGAGAAUUCGAACCGGAGGCACCUGGGGUGGGCGUGGCUGCCAAGUGGAGUGACUCUGUAGCGAGGAGAGUAGGAGCCGGUACCAUGGAGCAGGCACAGAGUCUCUUUAGAGAAGGGGUCCUGUCUCACCUGGAACAGCUGGAGGCCCUGUCCUACAAUUUGGCCGUGAAACAGGAGAAGCAGAGGCAGGAGUGGGCCGCCCUAAGGAAGAACCAAGAGCUGGUUCUUGAGCUGAGGAAGAAACGGGAUGAACUAAAGGCUAAAAUCGAGAGGCACAAAGCAGAGAUCCAGGCGUUCAGAGGACGGGAGGAAGCUGGAGAGGAUCAUGGGAGCGCGGCUGGGACCUCGCAGCAGGCAAUGUUAGAGCUGUGUGUGGAGGAAUUAAAGGGCAUGCUAGAGAUGCACUGGCUGACUGGCAUCAGCGGCAAGAGGACGAAGAAGGGAGUGUGCGUCUGUAUUAGCACGGCAUUCGAGGGAGCCUAUUUAGAUUCCUUCCAUCUGGAUAUUGCCCUGAAGCCCUCUGUGGGGAUCUCCAGGCACUCUGUGCCGCCCUUCAUCCCACUGGAACAGAUCGCCAAGGAGCACCUACAGACGGAUCUCAAGAAAUUCCUCUCGGUACUGUUUGAGCAUUUAAAUGCCUACGCUGGCAGGAAGUACCAGUUCCAACAGCUCCAGAGCUUCCCGGGGGGCUUUGUCCGUGACGCCCAACAGGGCAACUCCCUGCACACCGUCCUCACCUUCGGGUACAACGUGCGAGUGGAGAAGCAGCCGUUCUGCCUGAGAGCCAAGCUGCUUUAUGGGGGUGUCACUCGCAGUCUCCCCACGGAGGCCGUUAUUACGUGUGAAGAUAAUCGCCCAUCUGUCCAGGAGAAAAUCUCCUCCCACUCGUCGCUCUUCUGCCAGAAUCCCCUGCACAGAGCCUUGGAGUGCAUCAGUUCUGAAGACGAGACCCUGAACCACAGCAGCGCCUCCCUCCUGGGCACCCACAUGUUCUAAUCUGCCCCUGGGGGUCCCUCAUGUGGCCGAGCCUCUGCCCCCGACCCCGAAACUGGACUGAGAUUAAAUAUCUUGCCUAUCAGCGUCCAACCGAACAGAAUCUGCCUCCUUUCAACUCUACAGCAUUAAUAUCUUUAUUCCUCUGCCAGCCCAAUGCUUGGGCAUACCUGUGUAAUAUAUACCCUGCUUGGAAAUGGCAGUGCCCCCCUCAAUUAAUCAGCAGAGUGUCUGUUACCCCAAUGUUUCUAUAUAUCUGUAACCUUGUUAUGGGCUAAGGGGGCCCAGCCUGAAGGCCAGUUAGGGGGGGAUUUGGGGUGAGUGCUUAUUUGUGCCCUGGGUACCCCUGGAACUAUAGCAGGGUGACUGUUACCCCAAUGUUUCUAUAUAUCUGUAACCUUGUCAUGGGCUAAGGGGGCCCAGCCUGAAGGCCAGUUAGGGGGGGAUUUGGGGUGAGUGCUUAUUUGUGCCCUGGGUACCCCUGGAACUAUAGCAGGGUGACUGUUACCCCAAUGUUUCUAUAUAUCUGUAACCUUGUUAUGGGCUAAGGGGGCCCAGCCUGAAGGCCAGUUAGGGGGGGAUUUGGGGUGAGUGCUUAUUUGUGCCCUGGGUACCCCUGGAACUAUAGCAGGGUGACUGUUACCCCAAUGUUUCUAUAUAUCUGUAACCUUGUUAUGGGCUAAGUUAGGGGGGGAUUUGGGUGACUGUUACCCCAAUGUUAAAUCUGAGUUAUGGGGCCACAUUGAUCUCUAUUAACCCUUAAUCACCCAGAUACUUAGAAACUUAGCAGCCAGAGUGAGACUGAUGUUCCCAGAUUGUAUAGAAAACCACUUUCAAUAAGCAGUGUUUCCUGGGCUGCAGUGAUUGCAGUGGAGCCCUGUCAGCUGGAUAUUCUAGAUUUGAGGAACACAAUCCGGGAACCUUAGAUCUGACUGGCCGCUGGCCGCAAAGCUACACAGAGCGCAUUCACACCAGACGCCGUGUUUUGUAGCAAGAGUGCAAUUUAUUAAAAGCGAUACCCAAAAAGAAAACUGACAGCAGAAGAUGAUGGUCCACAAACCAGUUAGUCUUUCCUUACUUUCCUCCACUGCUGCGCCUGGCUGCUUGUAAAUAUUCUACUAAUAAUGUUUUAUACCUCAAAGCAGUGCCUGUGCAACCUGUGCCCCCCCAAAUGCUUUUGAGUAAAAACUCUCUGGAUCACCCCAAAAGCCCUUUCUCCUUCACUGGCACUUUCUCCAGCUGCCAUGGAAUUCCCAGCAUGCUCAGCUAGCCGACAGAUUGUGGGAGGUGCCACUUACACCUACUAGUGAUCUUGACUUGGAAUUGUGGGUAACUAAAGCAGGCUGUUAGUAAAAGGGCAGCUUGGGUGAGCACUGCUUUCUUGUUUCAUCCCCAGAUGGAAGGAACCUCGGGGGGGCAGAAACGCUCUAACCCCAGAGUUAUCACAUGGGGCCAAUCAGUGAGUGAGUAAUUUGCUAGUCUGAAUGGCUGCUUUUAGUAAAUGAGACCAUCAUGGUGGUCGUCACUAUGGUUUGCGAGGGAUCUCUCAGGAUAGAGAGUGCAUGCAGAUUUCAGGGCUGCAGCUUUGCUUUACUGCUUCUAUGAAGUGACAGAUACUGGGGUUCAUGUCUGACCCAGGGGGUCCCAAGAGUUGUGCUUAUUGUAGAACAGAGGGCAGGAGUGGUGGAUUCUCAUUGGUUCAUGCUGUGGUACUGGGAUUGAACUACUGGUUAACAUGACCCACCUUUUAUCUGCUAUAAAAAUAUCACCCGAAAGAGGGCAGUCGGCCCAGUAAUUCUUCCAAGGCUCAUUUAGGAACGUGCCAAAAAUUACAUGGUUUUUCCCAGAAUUCCAUUGCCAUAAAGUUGCAUGCACUGCAGCUUCCGCUUGGUUUCCCAGUGUGGACCAAUCAGGAGCAAGGGGCAGUGCAAGGUGGGUGGUGUCAUUUAACAAUAGCACAAGUAACAGCAUAUUAGCAUGCACAAUUUUGCACCCCCUUUUUUGCCUUCGUAAAUGAGCCUUUCCACCCCUCCUGUGUCCUUAGCACUUACAUGCCUUUAGAGGAGAGAUCUCGAUGUUCUGGAAUACUUGUGCAUAUUAUAUAUAUAUAUAUAUAUAAUAUGCGUUUAGCUUCCAGCAGGAAAGGUUCAGAUGGUCGUUAGCUACAGCGCUUCAUUAGGAGAGAAAGAGCAAUUAAUAUCUGUAAAAAUAUAGAUCUAGAACAAAAAAAUCCAGAGCCCUCCCCCAUCUUGUAAAAUGGAACAAUUGGGCAAUUGCAAUAUCGACCCCACUCUGUCAUCAUAGGAUUCACCCUCGGAGAAUGUGCCCCUUGGUGGUGCCACGGACUGUAAGGAAAAUGAUAUCCAAAAAAAAAAAAAAUUUCUUUGUGGGGUUAUUGGGGCAAAAAUGGCCAAUAAGAGGCUGAUUCUGUAUUUGCCCCACGAGAGAGGAACCCAUUUUCAUAUUGGGAAUGAAUAAAGAGUUUAACCAAUA